UCCACCAGGUUGUCUAUGAAGAGUGACCGGUCCAAAGAUGGUCCACCCCACUUCAGUGUUGAACCUGGACCUUCAGCCACAGAAUACCAGCAGUUCAGACACACAGCAGAGUCUUCAGGCUCCACCAGGUUGUCUAUGAAGAGUGACUGGUCCAUAGAUGUUUCACCCCACUUCAGUGCUGAACCUGGACCUUCAGAUACAAAAGAGAAGAAGAGCAGUGAUGUCUGUGAGGAGCAGCCAGAAAGCUCCAGAAGCGUCGCCACACCAAGUGUUGGUCUGCAGCAGCUUCUAGAAGAACAUAAGAAGAGUCUGAGGAGGAGAUGUGAACGUGUGACUGAAGGAAGUGAUGAAGCAGGAGGAGGAAGCCUCCUCAACAGGAUCUACACUGAGCUCCACAUCACAGAGGGACUCAGUGAGGAGCUUCAGAGGGAACCUGAGCUGAAGCAGCUGGAGACAGCUUCCAGGAAGGAGAGCCUCCAUCACACUGCCAUCAGGGUUCAGGACAUCUUCAAAGCCUCGGCCCAGCAGCUCAGACAUAUCCGAGUGGUUCUGACCAGCGGCGUGGCCGGUAGUGGAAAAACCUUCUCGGUGCACAAGUUCACUCUGGACUGGGCCGAGGGCCUGGAGAACCAGGAUGUCAGUGUGCUGGUGGUGCUCUCCUUCAGAGAGCUGAACCUGCUGGGAGAGCGGCCGUACAGUCUCCUCUCGCUGCUGGCUGUUUUCCAUCCCACGCUCCAGAAGCUGACGGCAGAGGAGCUGGCUGUCUGCAAGCUGCUCUUCAUCUUUGACGGCCUGGAUGAAAGCAGACUUUCUCUGGACUUCAGCAGCAGCCGGCGGCUGCUUGACGUCUCCCAGCAGUCUUCAGUCAGCCUGCUGCUCACUAACCUCAUCCGGGGGGAUCUGCUGCCCUCGGCUCGGGUCUGGAUCACUUCCCGACCGGCGGCGGCCCAUCAGAUCCCUCCAACAUGUGUGGACAGACUGACAGAAGUGCGAGGCUUCACUGACGCCCAGAAGGAGGAGUACUUCAGGAGGAGGCUGAGUGAUGAGGAGCUGAGCAGCAGAAUCAUCUCCCACAUCCAGACCUCCAGGAGCCUCCACAUCAUGUGUGGAAUCCCAGUCUUCUGCUGGAUCACUGCUACAGUUCUGGAGCACAUGUUGAGCACAGAGCAGAGAGGAGAGCUGCCCCAGACCCUGACUGACAUGUACUCCCACUUUGUGCUGGUUCAGACACACAGGAAGAAGCUCAAGUACCAUGAAGGACCUGAGACGGGUCCACAGGAGCUGACGGAGGCUGACAGGGAGCUUCUUCUGAAGCUGGGCAGGAUGGCCUUUGAACAUCUGGAGAAAGGAAACAUGGUGUUCUACCAAGAAGACCUGGAGCAGUGUCGUCUGGAUGUGACUGAGGCCUCGCUGUUCUCUGGAAUCUGUACUCAGAUCUUCAAUAGAGAGUCUGUGAACUUCCAGAAAGUCGUCUACAGCUUUGUCCAUCUGACUGUUCAGGAGUUUCUGGCUGCAGUCUUCAUGUUCCACUGUUUCACCAACAGGAAGACAGACGUACUCGAGAGCUUCAUCGAAAAGGAUCAUGAUUUCACUUCUCUUGACAUCUUCCUGCAGAAAGUUCUGGAGAAAUGUCUCAGAAGCCACAACGGCCACCUGGACCUGUUUGUCCGCUUCCUUCAUGGCCUCUCUCUGAAAUCAAACCAGAGACUCUUAGAAGGUCUGCUGGGUCAGACAGAGAUCAGUCCAGAAACCAUCCAGAGUGUCAUCCAGAACCUGAAGGAGAUGAAGAGUGUUCAAAAGUCUCCUGACAGAAGCAUCAACAUCUUCCACUGUCUGAUGGAGAUGAAGGACCUCUCAGUACAUCAGGAGAUCCAAGAGUUCCUGAAGUCAGAGAACAGAUCAGAGAAGAAACUCUCUGAGAUCCACUGCUCAGCUCUGGCCUACAUGCUGCAGAUGUCAGACCAGGUCCUGGAGGAGAUGAACCUUGAGAAGUACAACACAUCAGCUGAGGGACAAAGGAGACUGAUUCCAGCUGUGAGGAAUUGCAGGAAGUUUCGACUUUCUCGCUUGGUACUCGAUGAUUCUGACUGUGAAGUGAUCUCCUCAGCUCUGACGUCUGACCCCUCCCAUCUGAAACAUCUGGACCUGAACAUAAUCAAGCUGAAGGAUUCAUCAGUGAAGAUUCUGUGUUCUGGACUGGAGAGUCCAAACUGCAAACUGGAGACUCUGAGGCUAUAUAAAUGCAGUUUGUCAGAGAUCAGCUGCUCUUCUCUGGUCUCAGCUCUGAAGUCCAACCCCUCCCUCCUGAAACAUCUGGACCUGAGUGGAAACCCUCUGCAAAAUUCAGCAGUUGAGCAGCUGUGUGGUUUUCUGCAGAGUCCACUCUGUGGUCUGCAGACUCUGAGGUUGGAGGACUGCAGUUUGUCAAGGAUCAGCUGUUCUUCUCUAGCCUCAGCUCUGAACUGUAACCCCCCCCACCUGAAGGAGCUCCACCUCGGUUCCAACCAACUGCAGGCUCCAGAUGUGCAGCAGCUGGUUGAUCUUCAGGAGAGUCCAGACUGCAGCCUGCAGACUCUGAGGUGGAUCUGAGAGGCGAGUUUCAUCCAGCAGUGAGCGACAGAGGAACCAGCAGAAGAUCUGCAGUGUGAAGAGCUGUGAGAGUCCUUUGGGCUCUCUUUGGGCAAAGUCACUGCUCAACCUCCUCGAAAAAUAUUUCCAUGACUCCAUCUCUGAACUGGACAAUCUGCUCCAUCCUGUCAAAAAAAGAAACUGACCGCAGCACUUGUCUUGGCUACAACAAGAAAGAUUUGUCAUCUAUCAUGUUAAAGUAAAGUUCACAAUACACAUCCACAUUAAAUACGUCAAUAUCUGUCAUUAAUCGUCAAAAUGGUCAAUCACUGCAGUUUAAGGUCUGUUUUUAUUCAGACCAGAGGCAGUUUAGACAUUAAAUAACUUUGCAUUUUAACAAAAAUAAUGUUCCAGUAAGGCUGGAAAAAAAAAACAUGUGGCUUAAAAAAAUGUAUUUAUAUAUUGUGAUGCUUCACCUUGAUUGUAUGGUAAAAACUUUCAGGACCAUGGACAGCUCUCUAAACCCAGUAAUAAAGCCCCAGUGCUGUGGAAGCUGGAUCUUUACUGCUGUGAACACUUGUUCCGUAACUGCAGUGAACAGUCAGAUAUGUGAUGUACAGUAAUCAGUAAUCAGUUCAUCUUUUUUUUCUCUCUCUUUUUUUUUACUGAAAAAAAAUGAACACACUCCCUUUUGACAAGUGGAUCAAGGAGGUCCAAUGUAAUCCAAAAUUGGAAAAGCUGAGAUUUUGUAUGAGGCUCCUGAGGGAAAUUUUCCAAGACCGGAACCCCUUGCUCUAUAGCCUCACUGGAUGUUUGACCUGAUGAGUCAGACAUCUGAUCUCUUCUGAUUCACAGUGUGAUUACCUGCCAAUUAACUCAGUCUUUGUUUUUUUUUUGUCCCCUUUUUUGUGUAUUAUUGCUCCAGUUUGUUUUUUGGUCACCGAAUUAACAUAUGUUGUUGAUUUAUUUGUCUUUUGUAUACUGCAUGUCACCCAGAGACAAGUAGUGUCAGGAUCUGUGUUCUCUGACAGAGGGACAGAAAGAGUGUAUGAUGGGAGGGAAAAAAAGGAAAAGUUGAGCUCAGUCCUCUGAUUCCUCUGCACUGUACUGUUAAAUCUCAACAUUUUUUUUCAGAUGUAUAUAUGAACACACUUCUUCCUUCACUUGAAUAAACAUGACUGGUUUAUUUGA